AUGAGCGCGCGGAUAAAGGAGAUGGUGCGUGUGGCCACAGCGCGGCUGGGCGGUGAGCAGGCGGGGGGUGGUGGGGCUUCCUCCUCCUCGGGCUUCACGCGCCGGGAGUCCACGGCGCGGCUCGGCGGCGGGGGCACCAGCCUCCGGAGGCAGCCGCAGCCGAUGGCGCCCUCCGUGCGCACCGUCUACUGCAACGACCGCGAGGCCAACGCCCCUGUCGGGUACAAGGGAAAUUCUGUGUCGACUACAAAGUACAAUAUCCUGACUUUCCUACCUAAAGGAUUAUUUGAGCAGUUCAGGCGUGUUGCAAAUCUUUACUUUCUCAUGAUCUCAAUCUUGUCGACUACACCUAUUAGUCCAGUUCAUCCUGUCACUAAUGUUGUUCCCCUAAGUAUUGUGCUUCUGGUGUCUCUCAUCAAGGAAGCUUUUGAGGAUUGGAAGCGUUUCCAGAAUGAUAUGUCAAUUAACAACGCACAUGUCGAUGUAUUGCAAGGUAAAUGUUGGGAAAGUACUCCAUGGAAACGACUGCAGGUUGGAGAUAUUGUGAGGAUCAAGCAAGAUGGUUAUUUCCCUGCUGACUUGCUCUUCCUAUCAAGUACAAACCUUGAUGGUGUCUGCUACAUAGAGACAGCAAAUCUUGAUGGGGAAACAAAUCUGAAAAUAAGGAAGGCUUUGGAGAAGACUUGGGACUAUGUACUUCCUGAAAAGGCUUCUGAGUUCAAAGGUGAAGUGCAGUGUGAACAACCAAACAAUUCCCUUUACACGUUUACUGGCAAUCUUAUCAUGGACAAGCAGACUAUACCUCUCUCACCGAACCAGUUACUCCUAAGGGGAUGCAGCCUUCGUAAUACAGAAUACAUUGUUGGCAUUGUCAUAUUCACUGGGCACGAGACAAAAGUUAUGAUGAAUUCCAUGAAUGUUCCCUCCAAAAGAAGUACAUUGGAAAAAAAGCUAGACAAGCUUAUCCUUGCUCUUUUUGCAACCCUCUUCAUAAUGUGUGUUAUUGGUGCCAUUGGAAGUGGUGUGUUUAUUAAUGAAAAAUACUUUUAUCUUGGAUUGCGUGGGCAUGUUGAGGACCAGUUCAAUCCCAAAAACAGAUUUGUGGUGACCAUUUUAACCAUGUUUACUCUAAUAACUCUAUACUCAACAAUCAUCCCCAUUUCGCUUUAUGUGUCCAUUGAGAUGAUCAAAUUCAUACAGUGCACACAAUUCAUUAAUAACGAUCUUCAUAUGUACCAUGCUGAGAGUAACACCCCUGCUUUGGCACGGACUUCUAAUCUUAAUGAGGAGCUUGGACAGGUUGAAUAUAUAUUUUCUGACAAAACUGGAACGCUUACAAGAAACCUGAUGGAAUUCUUUAAAUGCUCGAUUGGUGGAGAAAUGUAUGGAACUGGCAUCACAGAGAUUGAGAAAGGAGGAGCAGAGCGGGCUGGAAUUAAAAUCGAUGACGAUGAGGGUAAAAGGUCUGCCAAUGCGGUCCAUGAAAAAGGAUUCAAUUUUGAUGAUGCUAGAAUCAUGCGCGGUGCGUGGAGAAAUGAACCUAAUCCUGAGGCUUUCAAGGAAUUCUUUAGAUGCCUUGCAAUCUGUCAUACAGUUCUUCCAGAGGGUGAGGAGACUCCGGAAAAGAUAAGUUACCAGGCUGCCUCACCUGAUGAGGCUGCACUUGUGGCUGCUGCUAAGAAUUUUGGCUUCUUCUUUUAUAGGCGUACACCCACAACAGUUAUGGUUCGUGAGUCACAUGUUGAAAGGAUGGGGAGUAUACAAGAUGUUCCAUAUGAAAUUCUGAAUGUUCUGGAAUUCAACAGUACGAGAAAGCGACAAUCGGUGGUUUGUCGUUUCCCAAAUGGAAGAUUAGUUCUCUAUUGCAAGGGUGCUGAUAAUGUCGUAUAUGAACGAUUGGCUGAUGGAAAUCAUGAUAUGAAAAAGAUCAGCAGAGAGCAUCUAGAGCAAUUUGGUUCUGCUGGCUUGCGUACACUUUGUCUUGCCUAUCGGGAUCUUAGCAGGGAGCAAUACGAAAGCUGGAACGAGAAGUUUGUACAAGCAAAGUCAUCUUUACGAGAUCGUGAUAAGAAGCUCGAUGAGGUGGCUGAAUUGAUUGAAAAAGACCUUGUAUUAGUUGGGUGCACAGCUAUAGAGGACAAACUGCAAGAAGGGGUGCCAACCUGCAUUGAAACUCUCUCUGCAGCUGGCAUAAAAAUUUGGGUGUUAACUGGAGAUAAGAUGGAAACAGCGAUUAACAUUGCAUAUGCAUGCAGCUUGGUAAACAAUGACACCAAACAGUUCAUCAUUAGUUCAGAGACAGACGCUAUUAGGGAGGCUGAAGACCGGGGUGACCCUGUGGAAAUUGCACGUGUUAUUAAAGAUUCAGUAAAACAGAGUCUGAAAAGCUUUCACGAGGAAGCCCAACAUUCUUUAACUAGCACCCCUGAAAGGAAGUUGGCUCUCAUUAUUGAUGGUAGAUGCCUGAUGUAUGCACUGGACCCAACUCUUCGUGUUGAUCUUCUUGGAUUGAGUCUAAGUUGCCACUCAGUUGUAUGCUGCCGAGUUUCUCCGCUGCAGAAGGCACAGGUUACAAGCUUAGUUAGGAAGGGUGCUCAGAAAAUAACUCUCAGCAUUGGCGACGGUGCUAAUGAUGUGAGUAUGAUUCAAGCUGCUCAUGUUGGGAUUGGCAUCAGUGGCCAAGAAGGAAUGCAAGCUGUUAUGGCUAGUGACUUUGCCAUUGCACAGUUUCGUUUUCUUACUGAUUUGCUUCUUGUACAUGGACGGUGGUCUUACUUGAGACUGUGUAAGGUUAUCACAUACUUCUUCUACAAGAAUCUGACAUUUACACUAACUCAGUUCUGGUUCACUUUCCAAACUGGCUUUUCUGGUCAGCGGUUUUAUGAUGACUGGUUUCAGUCUCUAUAUAAUGUUAUUUUCACGGCACUACCUGUAAUUAUAGUUGGAUUGUUUGAUAAGGAUGUUAGUGCGUCACUGUCAAAAAAAUACCCACAGCUUUACAAGGAGGGAAUCAGGAAUUCAUUCUUCACGUGGAGAGUGAUUGCUGUGUGGGGUUUCUUUGCCUUCUAUCAGUCAAUAGUGUUCUUCUACUUCACUGCAGCUGCAAGUCGGCAUGGUCACGGUUCAUCUGGCAAGAUUCUUGGCCUAUGGGAUGUUAGCACUAUGGCCUUUACUUGUGUCGUGGUGACUGUGAAUCUCCGCCUUCUCAUGGCAUGCAAUUCUAUAACAAGGUGGCAUUACAUAAGUGUGGCGGGCAGUAUAGUGGCCUGGUUUAUGUUUAUUUUCAUAUACUCUGCAAUAAUGACGUCAUUUGACAGACAGGAAAAUGUGUAUUUUGUGAUUUAUGUUCUAAUGAGCACCUUUUUCUUCUAUCUGACUAUCUUGCUUGUUCCGAUCAUCGCCCUGUUUGGUGAUUUCCUAUAUUUAUCGAUUCAAAGGUGGCUAUUCCCCUACGACUACCAAAUAAUCCAGGAGCAGCACAAGGACGAGCCCCAUGAAUACAGCAGGGUGCAGCUACCAGAGACCAGCCACUUAAGCCCAGAGGAAGCGAGAAGCUACAUGAUCUCGAUGCUCCCUCGGGAGUCAUCAAGGCACACUGGCUUUGCCUUUGACUCCCCAGGAUACGAGUCGUUCUUCGCCUCGCAGCAAGGCGUCGGCGUGCCACACAAGCCCUGGGAUGUAGCCCGGAGAGCGAGCAUGAAGCAGCAACGAGCAGGAAAAUCCUAA